AUGAAAAGAUUCACUGUCUCUUUGGUCUUUUUAUGUUUUGUUUUUGUAUCUCUAUGUGUUCAAGCAGAAGAGACACGUGAAUGUGUUCCAAAAACCAUAAAUGAAGAUGAAGGAUUUGUAUCUUUAGUUGGUUCAUUGUGUACUUCCAACAGUGUUUAUUGUUUUAAUAGUACCUUUAGAUUCAAUGGAAAUUCUUCUUUUUAUUCAAUAAUAACAAGUGGUACUCUAACAUUUGACUGCAAAUUUAAUUUAUAUACAUAUACAAGCAAUUUAAUUCUUUCAGAAAAUAGUAUAACCACUGUUUCACUUCCUAUUCAUAUUCAAAAUUCAUUUACUCUUCACAGUAAUUCUCUUGCAAAAAUCGAGGGCUAUUUUUCUAUUGCUGGUAAACUGUUAAUUUUGAAUCCUAAAUUGGACAUUCCUCCUCUUGUUUUGUGGAAUUCACCUUAUCUCCAUUUAAAUCGCAAUAUGAGUGAGAGAUCGGAUUUUUCAAUUGUGAAUCCAAUAGACAACACCAAAUAUACUGCCAAAAACAAUAUAGUGAAGUGUGUUUUAACUAAUAGUUUGUAUGGUGAUAACUAUAAAACGAUUUCUACAUAUGGAUUUGACUAUCCACAUUGUCCUUGUAAUGACAAUGUAACAGAUUGUCAGUUAUAUUUGGCUAAUAACAUAUCUGCAUACAAUUUUGAUAGUAAACAACUUGCAUACACCACUUUACAUAUUGAAAAGGACACAAGAAUAACAAAUGCACAAAAUAUUAAAACAAUGAUUAUGAGUGAUGACGUUUCACUUGAUUUAAAUGGUGUUUUUAUAUCUUCAAAUAUCACAUUUUCAAUUGGAGAAGUUGUUGUAAAAGAUAUACAAAACACACAAAGUACUUUUAUGUAUAAUUCAACAAAUAAUGAAUUAAUUUGCACUAACAGUAUUUCAAGUGAUAUUUUAGUAAAUGAUAAAGUCAAUUAUAUUAAAAUUAAUUGCUCUAGUACAAUAGAAAGUAUGCAAAUAAAUAAUGACAAAUUUGUUUAUAUCACAAAAGAAGUGAAAGAAAUUCAAUCUUUAAAUUUUAACAAUUAUGGAAUGUCAAGCACCAUUAUUAUUUAUUUGGAAAGUGAGAACACUAUCAUGCAAACACAACCUUUUCAAAACUGCGUGUUGAUGACAAUAACUUCAUCUGAAAUGAAUUGUUUAAAAUGUAAUUCCAAAACUCAAUUGUUGAAUAACAAAUGUGUUAAUUUAGAAAAGAAUUGUCUAAUUUACGAUGCAAACAACCACUGUUCGUUCUGUAAAUAUGGUUACCUUCUCAAUAAAAACAAUGAGUGUGUACAAUCGACAAACGGUUGUUUGGUGGGAACUACAGAAAAUUGUUAUAAAUGUGAAACCAAUAAACAAAUGAUUAACAGAAUAUGUGUUACAAACACCAUAUGUAAAUUAACAGAUGGAAAUUCAUGUUUAAAGUGUAGUGCGGGAGAUUAUACAACACGGUGUGAGUCUUGUGAAGCAAAUUGUGAAUUGUGUGAAAAUGGGAAGUGUACACUUUGUAAACAAAAUUAUUUGUUACAAGAUAGCAAUAAAUGUGAAUAUGAAGGUAUCUCAUUUACCAAUGGAAAGCACAUCAUUUCAU